ACUCCUUUAAGUGACGCAAUUGAAUAGCUCCACCCAUAAAGCAACGCAGGCGAGGGAACCUCCGUGAUCAGUCAAAGAAACAAUGGGCUACUAAACUGGCUCCGUAUGAUUAAAGGUACUGUUUACGCAGAGAGCAGUGAAACCAAGCGAAACUACUGAGAGCGAAGGCCCUAGUGGAGACACAAAGCGGCAGGGAUAGGUUGUUGUGUGUUUUUAUCAUUUAAUUAACUUUAUCACGCGGUCGAUUUGGUACGAAUGCGCUGUUUAAGCCGACGAUAAAGCAGUAAGCCGCAAGCAGCCAAAUCCUCCCGUCUUUAGACCAUUCUCAUCGAUCGGGAAGCUGAUACAGACCCCGGCAGAAUAUCUGUCGAGUAUCCGAUUGUAAAUCGUCUGAUCUGAAUAACCGUUUGAUUGUGUGCUGACUUGUCCAAGCUAGACAUUAAUCGGUUGUUGUAAAAAGAACUAUUAUUAGCUACUGCUGCUUUUAAAGAAUCAACGAUCUUUAUAGAUCCGUGAAAAUAAAACCCGUUUGUCGUCCGUUGUAGCUGCAUAAAGUGUAACGUCACCAUUUUUCUGUUCCCGGUGGAUCCGUAAGCGAGAGCGCGCGACUGAAUAAUUUAGUCGGUGUAAAAUGAGCUCGGAGGAAGCGGCAGCACCGAACAAGAACACCGCCACCACUGAUGGGGAUGGCAUGUCCUGGUGGUACCGGUGGUUGUGUAAGACUGCUGCUGUACUGGGUGGAAUCUCUUGUGCUGUGAUGGGGGUUUGGAACUGUGUGACUGUGCACCCUUUAAAUAUUGCUGCAGGAGUGUGGAUGGUGUUGACAGCAUGUGUGUUGUUCAUCUGUGAAGUCCCAUUCUGCUGUCAGUUUGUGGAGUUUGCGAAUGCCGUAGCAGAUCGGGCAGACAGAAUGCGUCCCUGGCAGAAAGCAUUGCUUUACUGUGGGAUGGCGCUGUUUCCCGUAUUUCUCAGUUUUUCCAUCACCACGCUGUUUGGAAAUGCUAUCGCCUUUGCUACAGGAGUGCUUUAUGGACUUGCUUCUCUUGGAAAGAAGGGGGAUGCAGUUAGCUACGCUCGGCUGCAACACCAGAAACAAGCUGACGAAGAAAAACUCGCAGGCACGACAGAUGGCUCUGCUCCGUGACUUCUCUUCUUGUUACCUCUUGUUCUACUACCUCUCCUAUCCCUCACUCCAUCUUUGUGUCUGGGAGAUUCUUAUAAAACUUGUGUUUUAAUUUUUAUUUAUGUUAGAUUUCUUGCUUCCUGAUCAGACUUGGGAUCUAUGGUCUCUUAUGCUUCCAUGUUGUAUAUUCUCUGGUAUGGGAAUUUAUUUUUCUCCUGCAGGGGUACUUUGGUUGUGAUUAGUCUUUCUGCAGUGAAGUUUGAUUUUCCUUUUUAUUUAUAUGAACUAUAUGAUUCAGACACUAAACCAACCUCCUACACAGCCAUCGGAACAGAAAACCAGAAUGCAUGAUAUAGACUGAUGUUCAGUUCUCUUUUACAUUCAUAUUUACACAAUCGCUAACUGCAGCUAUAAGGCCUUGUGGCAGGUGAUAUUUUUUCACCUUAAUCCUCCAUUUGUAGAUUAAGACUGAGACUAGAAUAGGAUUUCCCCUGUAUGCUAUUUAUAAAUAAUUUGGACUGGGAAUGUCAAGUUCAAUAUGGAAGAUUAAUGUGUAUUUUGUUUGUUUCUGUCAGCAACCAGACAGAAUGCAUCAAUUGUUUGUUUUAAACAAGAAUCUGGUGUUUAAUGGAACUAGUGAAACUGUGAUUUUGACAUCAGUACUUAAAGGGACAAGACAUUGUAUAUGGAUACAGCGCAUAAAACUAGCUCACUAGAUCACAUGUCCCCACACAUGAUUCUGGAGUACCACUUGGCCUUUGUAUUUUAGCCUUUGUAAUUUAGUGUGUAUUGCUGCUCCAAUACGUCCAAGUGGAAGUGGUGUUAAUGCCAUUAUAAAUACCAAAAUAAUCAGGACAGCAUGUAGGAACUCCGGGAUGAGGACUGGGAACCUGUGAGCAACAUAAUAAUGAGGCUUAUGCUUUUGCUAGGUUGCAUAAAGCUGUUCACUCUUUUAUAUAAACAUGGAACUAAGCAAAAUGGCAAAAUCAUCAGUGUUAUUAAACAUAGCCUUCUAGCUAAUUAAAAUUUUAGUCCUGAGUCUUGUCAUGUUGAAAGAUGGCGGAGUUGCAGCACAUCUUCUGAACUUCCUAUGUUUUGAAAAUAAACCCUGUUAAAAUGUAGCAAAGAAUGCUAGCGCAUUAGUAUACUUUUAGAACAUAGAAUUUUUAGUGAUGUUCAGUUGCAGCCCAUUACAUGUACCAUCUUGAAUGUACAGAAAAAACAACAACUGUGCCUUAGGAAGAGGCCAGAACUAUUAAGCAGAAUAGGAAAUUGAUGGUUGCAGCAGAAUUAAUGAAAGUGAGUUUCAUUUUAGAAACAAAAACACUUACUGAAGGCUGGGCCUAUUAUCAUACCCCAAUUAGGACCCGGCCAGCUGACAACCUCCUUUACUCAUACUUUAUACAAACCAGCAUUAAAACUCUUGGUUGAAGUCAGCAUGUUGUGAGGUCAAACAUAUUCCUAAAGUAAAUAAAUUUCUUCAAAUCCAGGUUUAACUGUUUUAACCUGUCUUCAGUUGAUUAGCCAUAUACACCAGCAGAAAAUCCUUUAUCGUACAUGUGCUGCCUGCUGUUUACACUUUGGUAGGCAACACAGAAUCCCUGUGUAGUAGGAGAAUUUUAGAAUAAAAAAAAGAUUUGCUAAGUUUAUUUAAAAUUAUAACUAAUUCUGAAAAAAAUCUAAUUGACACCUGGAUAUCAUGAUAUCAGAUUGGUAAUUUCUUCAAAUUAUGCAUGUUGGAGGUGGAAGUACAUUCAGAAUUUUAUUAUUAUUAUUUGUAAAACUAAUAUGUAGUAAUAUGUAUGCAAAAUGUCAGGCCUCCCCAAAUUAUACCAAAACAAGUAGCAGCAUUGUAGACAUGUGAAAGGUAAAUGGGUACUACAUACUAUUUAUAGUUUUUUAAUAGCUGACUUAAUGCUCUUAAUUUUGAAGACAAAAAGGGCAAUGAUGCCAUUUUUUAAACCAGUAAUUCUAAUCUUUAAGUCAUUGUUUUAUCCAUGGAAUGCCCUAAAUCUUGCAUAGCAACCAAAUCUUAUUUUUAACUGACUAUAUUACUUUAAGGUGGGCUUAUUGUUUUUUUUUUCUCUGUGCCGUGGAUGAAAUUGUAGUGUUUUUUUUUCUUUUGAUUUAUUUAUUUUUGUAGUCCUGCUUUGGGGGUUACACUUUUGCAGUAAAAAAAUCCAUUAGAACAGCAUGCCCAUUGUGGUCAGUUUCUAAACAAGGGGAAUAAAUGUGAACAAGCCAACUACUUGUUUGGAAACUUUUUUCACUACCACUUGCAAUGUAGACUUCUGUUAAUGUGUGGUGGGUAUUCUAUGAAUAGAACAUUGAUGUACAUAACAACAAGCAUGACAAAUACAAAAUAAUGACUUGAACAAACACUACACUUCAGGGUUCUGUACAAUUCUUGUUGCACUAUAUAAAUAAAUAAUUCCAUAUUAAGAAAUAA